GUAACGGGAAGCGAAGCGGCCUGGUACAGGAGUAGAAGCCUUACGGGGAAAAAAAAGAAACAGACCGGCGGGGUCUGGAUUUUGCCAGACGAUCAUUUGCCAUGGCGGUGUAUUUUGACCAUCGGAUAGAGGCCCAGAAUCCCGCAGCAUCUCCAUCAAACAUCUAUUGGCACCGUCAACAUGCUCUGCUGGCUGUGGCUUCUGUCAGCUCAUCAGGAGGUUGUGUGGACGUUUACAGUGAUCUGGGUGAGCAUAUUGCUGCUUCACAUGUGGAAAGGUCCUACCAGCCUACCUUACUUAGCUGGCAUCCAGCAAAACGUCUACUUGCCAUGGGCUGGGCCAUGGGAGAGGUGAUCAUUUUCAAUGAGCAAGACAAAGAGUUUCACACAGUGCCACCAACACACGGCAUGGAGAUCACAUUGCUGGUAUGGAGCAUAAACAACAGCCGUCUGCUUACAGGAGACUUGAGCGGUUUGUUGAUUAUGUGGCGUUUGGAUCAGCGAGGUCGUGUUCAAGGUGCCCCCUUACUGAAGUUGGAGUACCACAAGCCUUUGACUCAUUGCCUGUUUAAACCAGUAGCCCCUGAAGAGGAUAUGACCCAGCUUGCUAAGGCUGCAGUAAGUGGGGAUGAGAAAGCCCUUGAUAAAUUUAAUUGGAAAAUGAAGACUGGCACGCAGCUGGAGUUUUCCUUCUUCCUCAGUACAGGAGAUGGCUCGAUACACUGGGUGAAUGAACAGGGUAAAAGCAGCCAGAUAAUUGGCAUGGACAGCUCGGUUCGCAAACUGCUAUUCAUAGAGAAGAAAUCCAUGCUGGUAGUGAUCUCUGAGAACUUCCUGCUGUCGCGAUUCUUCAUAACUCCAGAAGGGGAAGCUGAGGAGAUCUCAAAGGUGAAGCUGACUGGAAGGAUUGGGAAGACAGCGGACAUUCUAUGUGUGGAGAAGUCUUUACUUGUUACAGCUACAGGAGAAAGUGUCAUAAGGUUCUGGGACCUGGAGCGAGAUGACAAUUAUGUCUUGUUUCUGGAUGAACAGUUGGGAUUCGAAGCAGAGGAAACCAUUAACUGUAUUUCUUACUGUGAUGCUAAAGCUAUAUUGGCCGCUGGAACCAGUAAAGGCAAGGUAGCCAUGUGGAGCAAAGCGACUGGUGGGAGAAAAUCCUUAAAGACUGAUGGAAAAGACAGCUGGAAACUGAGAACCCCAACUGAACUGGAGGGAAACAUUACUCAAGUGCAGUGGGGGUCAUCCAAAAAUCUCUUGUCUGUGAACAAUCUCAGCUCCGUCCUGGUGCUCAGCGAACACGUUAUGUCUUCUCACUUCCACCAACAAGUUGCAGCCAUACAAGUGGCACCUUCUCAGCUCAGUAUAACCUACUUCAGUACGGGGGUCACACACAGCCUAAAGACUGACAUGUAUAUCAUAGGGGCCUUCGUCACAAAAGACUGUAUCGCAGUGUGGAAUGGAAAGCAGGUGACCGUCUAUGAACUCGCUGGACCAGCGCUGAGGAACACAGGCUCCUUUGCUAGUGACUCUCCUGUCCUGGCAAUACACGAGGAGAACAUCUACACUGUGGAGCCAAAUAGAGUCCAAAUUCGCACUUUACAGGGCACUGUCAAGCAGUUACUCCCAUUCUCAGUGUCGGAGGGGAGCCCUUGUUUACUGGACAUAUGUGGGAGCUUCCUGGCGGUGGCCACAAAUACGGCACAUUUUAAGCUUUUUGAUCUCUCCAGAAGGGAAGCCAAAGCCCACAGCAACUGUAAAAACCUAUGUGAGUUGGUGCCAGGAUUGGGCAGCAUUGUGUCCAUCAGAUGUAAUGCCAAUGGCAGCAAAGUCAGCAUUCUCGCCAACCGGGCUGACGGCAACUUGGACUCCAAAAUGUACUUCUACGAUGUUGAACUGGACACUGUGAUGUUUUUUGACUUUUGGAAUGGACAAACAGACCAAGGGGAUUCACCAACUCCAUCCAAUUCAGACUUGAAUCUCCCAGAGAACUCCAAGCUUUUCGAUCGGAUCCCAAUCAAUCACUUCUGGGACCAGAGCGAACCGCGACUCCUGGCGUGUGAGGCAAUGUUGGCUGUCCCAAACUCCCUGCAUCCGUCACCGAAACACAACCAGCUUGUGGAAGUCCCUCAUGGAAAGGAAGACGUUAUGAUCAUGUCAUUUUUUAGCACCCAGGAACACGGUCUGCUACUUCAGGAAAGUUACCCCAGGCCUGCAGCCUUCCAGUCACUUCUUGGCAUAGAAGUUCCACACUAUUAUUUCACAAGGAAGCCAGGGGAAGAGGAUGAGAAAUCUGUCUCUGGAGAAACAGACAUACCAGCGAUCCCCCAUAUGGUGGCAACGAAGCCCUUACGAGAUUUCAUUGGGUUGGAAGAUUGUGAAAAGGCAACCCGGGAUGCCCUUCUUAACUUCAGUUUCUACCUCACUGUGGGAGACAUGGAUGAAGCCUUUAAAUCCAUCAAGCUCAUUAAAAGCGAAACAGUGUGGGAAAACAUGGCACGUAUGUGCGUCAAGACAAGAAGACUUGAUGUAGCCAAAGUGUGCCUGGGAAAGAUGGGCCAUGCCAGAGGAGCAAAGGCUUUACGAGAGGCAGAGCAAGAGCCGGAGAUCGAGACCAGAGUUGCCAUGUUAGCCGUACAGCUGGGCAUGCUGGAAGAUGCAGAACAGCUGUAUAAAUCUUGUAAGCGUUAUGAUCUUCUGAAUAAACUGUACCAGGCGUGGGGAAAGUGGCAAAAAGCCAUUGAGAUUGCAGAGAACCAUGACCGAGUACACCUGCGCACCACCUACUACCAGUACGCCAAGCACAUGGAAGCCACGGGGGACCGCAACGAUUCCCUCAACUUCUAUGAGAAGUCGGAUACACACCGCUUUGAGGUUCCGAGAAUGCUCCUGGAGGACCCUCAGGCCUUGGAGAGCUACAUCAAUAAGAAGAAAGACAAGAGUCUUUGGAAAUGGUGGGCUCAGUACCUGGAAAGCCAGUCUGACCUGGACUCUGCCCUCAUGUACUAUGAGAUGGCUCAGGACUACCUGUCUCUGGUGCGAGUGCACUGCUUCCUGAAGAACAUUCAGAAGGCGGCAGAGAUAGCCAAUGAGACCGGUAACUUGGCAGCUUCCUACCACCUGGCACGUCAGUAUGAAAGCCAAGGGGAUCUGAAACAGGCCGUGCACUUCUACACCAGGGCGCAAGCUUACAACAACGCCAUUCGGCUCUGCAAGGAGAACAAUCUUCAUGAUCAGCUCAUGAACCUUGCUCUGCUGAGCACUCCGGAGGAUAUGAUGGAUGCUGCACGCUAUUAUGAGGAUCAGGGGGAGCAGAUGGAUAGAGCUGUUAUGCUUUACCACAAGUCGGGUCACCUCUCUAAGGCACUGGAGUUGGCGUUUGCCACUGAGCAGUUUGGUGCUCUUCAGUUAAUAGCGGAGGACCUAGAUGAGAAAUCAGACCCAGCCUUACUUGCCCGUUGCUCAGACUUUUUCAUCCAGCACAAUCAGUUUGAGAAGGCGGUGGAGUUGCUUUUAGCAGCUAAAAAGUAUUACGAUGCUCUUCAGCUGUGCCUGGAGCAGAACCUCAUCAUCACGGAGGACAUGGCCGAAAAGAUGACCGUGUCUAAAAACUCCAAGGAGCUUAGUGAGGAAGCAAGGAGAGAGCUGCUGGAGCGUAUUGCAGACUGCUGCAUGAGGCAAGGGAACUAUCAUCUUGCCACCAAGAAAUACACGCAGGCUGGAAACAAGCUAAAGGCCAUGAGGUCCUUACUGAAGUCUGGUGACACUGAGAAGAUUGUCUUCUUUGCUGGUGUGUCUCGUCAAAAGGAAAUCUAUAUCAUGGCAGCCAAUUACCUGCAGUCCCUGGACUGGCGCCAAGAUCCUUACAUUGUGAAUAACAUCAUCACCUUUUACACAAAGGGCAGGGCCCUUGACCUCUUAGCUGGCUUCUAUGACGCCUGUGCUCAGGUGGAGAUUGAUGAGUAUCAGAACUAUGAGAAGGCCAUGGGAGCUCUGACUGAGGCCUACAAAUGUCUGACCAAAGCCAAAAUGAGGAGCCCAGAGGAGCAGGAAAGAAAAGUGUCUGGUAUGCAGAACAAGCUGACACUGGUGAAAAGGUUUAUUCAAGCUCGCAGAGCGUAUUCCUCAGACAAGCAGGAAGCUAUCAGACAGUGCGAGCUGCUGUUGGAAGAGCCAGAUCUGGAGAGUGCUGUGCGCAUUGGGGAUGUGUACGGUCUGCUGGUGGAACAGUACACACAGCAGGGAGACUUCCAGAAGGCCUAUCGCUGUUUGGAGGAAAUGAGGUCCAAGAUGCCAUCUGUCAACCUGACCUAUUACGUACCCCAGAGCACAGUGGAAGCCGUGCAUCGGGCCCUCUCCAUUCCAUUGAGCCACAAGCCAGCAUCUGAACACAUACGGCACAACAGUGUGGAUGACAGCGAGGAGGUGGAAGAGGCGCCAGAUAUCAGCUAUGACGGUUAACCUCAUCAUGUCAUGAUAUACACAGACUUUUAGGGCUAAAUACACGGGUAGUUUAUAUCUUUUGCCAUUGGCAAUUUAACCUCUUGUUGGCAGUCAGGUCAUUUGUAGCAUAUUGACGUCAAGGUGUUACAUAUAAGGUGAUUGUCAAAUAAGAGGUUAAAUCACCCAACAGCAUGAUUAAUACAAUAGUAGGUUUGAAUGGCCCAUGUCAUUUAACCCUAAAUGAACCCCACAGCUUUUCUAUGUGCCUAGCUUCUUCACACCAUUCAUGCUUUCUGAACUGGACCAUAUCCACUGUUGUUUGGAGCUUGGA